GUUUCAGGUGCGAUGUGACAUCAACAGGAAGAUUGGCAGGAGCGCGGGUCGCCGCGGGCGAGUGAUGGGGGCAAGCGAGGCCGGGGGCAGGGUGAGCCCUCCCCAGGGUGUGCCCUGAGCGCCCCCGCCGCCCACGCCCGCCCCGCCCUCGCCGCCGCCGCCAUGGCUACAGAUUGCGGCGUUCCUGGGCGGCGCUUUCUUUGUCGCGAGUGGGCGUGGGCUAAGUUAUGGGCGUGCCUGGAGCAGCGGCCUGCGGCCAAGACGUGCGGGGCCUUGCUCGUGGGCGGCCCCGGCACCGGCAAGACCGCACUCUGCACGGAGCUGGUCACGCCCACCGCCUCGCACGGACGCCACGCUAGUGCGCUGCAGGCGCGGCUGCUGGCGCACCACUUCUGCCACGCCCACAACGCCGCCUCCCUGAGCGUAGGAUGCUUCGUGCAGUCCCUAGUGGAGCAGCUGGCGGAGUCGCCGCUGCUGGCGGGCUACGACGCCAAGGUGCAGGCCGCGGACGUGCGCAGCGCCCUCGAACCGUGCGCGCUGCACGCCAAUCCCGAUGAGGCGCUCAAGCGCGCCGUUCUGUUCCCGCUGCUGGAGUUGGACCCGCCGGAUCGCACGCUGCUGCUGGUGGUGGACAGCAUCGAUGAGACGGACCUGCAGCCGCCCUCGACCGCCGCGCCGCGCGACGCCAACCUGGCCGACGCCAACAACAGUGGGCCUUCGCGCAGCAUCGCCGAGCUCCUGGCGACGCACCACCACCUGCUGCCGCAGUGGCUCCUGCUGGUGGUGACCGCGCGCCGCACCUCGCGCUCCGUCAUCCGGCAGUUCGCUGGCUUCAGGAAGGUCGCGCUGGACGACCUGCGGCGCGGCCACGUGGUGCGCGAUGUGCAGCAGUACAUUCUGUGCCGCCUGGACCGCGAGCCGGCGCUGCGGCACCACCUGUCGCGCGAGACGGCGGAGAUGCUCAACCAGCUGCACAUCAAGAGCAACGGCUGCUUCCUGUACCUGGAGCGCGUGCUGGACGGCGUGGCGGAGGGCUGGGUCACGCUCAGGGAGAUCCGCCACAUCCCCGGCACGCUCAACGGCCUGUACCUGUGGCUGUGCCAGCGCCUGUACCCGCGGCGCCACUUCCAGCGCGUCAUGCCCCUCCUGGCGGCGAUCCUGGCCGCGCGCGCGCCGCUCUCGCCUGAGGAGCUGCGCCGCGCCGUGGAGACGCGCCUGCCGGACCUCGCCGACGAGGAUUGGGCCAAACGCUGGUCCCUGCUGCGCCGCGUGCUGGCGCCCGACCAUGAGCUUCGCGUGCUGCUGUUCCACCACAGCUUCGCCGAGUGGCUGCUCGACGUGAAGCACUGCACGCAGAAGUACCUGGUGGACGUUGCGGACGGCCAUGCAAUGCUGGCCAUGUGUCUCUCCAUGGACGCGCCCAGCCUCGACGUGACGCAGGUGCACCAGCUGGCGCUCCACCUCUCGCGCAUCCACGUGAAGCCACCUCUUGAACAUUUCCACCUGCCGCUGUGGAUGGUGUCGUGCGGCGCGCCCCUGGAGCAGUGCCGUGACCUUCCGCCCCCGCGCGAUCCGAGGGCGCUGAGGAUCCUGCAGGAGGCGGGCGCUUCGCUCCCGGAUGACCAACCCAAUGAGGAUGACGAAGAUGAUGACGACGACGAGGAUGAAGAGGAUGACGAGGUGGACGAGGCCGGCGACGAGGAAGGGCCGCCCACGGAGGUGAGGUACGAGGAGCUGGAGCAGGAGGAGGAGGAAGAGGAGGAGGGAGAGGUGGAGGCCGAAGUGGAGGUGGUGGCCAACGAGAAUCAGGACGAAGGCGAGGUGGAGAGAGAUUUACAGGAGCAGGAAGUGAAAGGAAAGGACGAAGGGCAGGAGGAGGUGCGGCAGGAGACCCUCGAGGAGCUGGCGUGCGAGGUGGACCUUUUGCAGAUGAAGGAGCAGUCGAUGGAGGAGGAGGAGAAGGAGAAGGAUCAAGGCGAGGAGGAGCGGCUGCGGCAGCUGGAGGCCGAGAGUCGGGACUACGAGGAGGAAAAGGAUGAAGAGUACGUGACGAUGGUGCCGCUGCCGGGUCACUUCGUGGGCGAGGGGACCACGGGCGGCCGCAGCACGGAGGGAGUCAGCACGGGCCGCCACAGCACGAACAGCCGCAUAAGCACGGGCGGGCGCCAGAGCACGGGAGGCCGUCAGAGUACGGGCGGCCGUCAGAGCACAGGGGGACGCCAGAGCACGGGCGGGCGACACAGCAGCACGAGCGGGCGCCAUAGUAGCGACCACAGUAGUAGCAGCAGUCGUCGGCGCGAGCGUCGUCGCCGGCGACACCGCGAGGACCCUCUCUACCCGUACCUUCGCGGCGGCCCGGUGGACCAAGUGGACAGCGGCGGCCGCUCCCUCCUGCACAGCGCGGCGCACCAGGGCGACGCUUCGCUGGUGCGGCUCCUGCUGGAGCGCGGGGCGUGUCUGGGCCUGCAGGACAGGGCGGGCCAGACGCCGCUCAACCUGGCAGCGCGACACGGCCACGCAGAGGUGGUGGCCACACUGUUGAGCGCGGGGGCCGACCCCGACCACGCGGACGCCGACGGCUGGACAGCGCUGCGCUCGGCAGCCUGGGGUGGCCACACAGGCGUGGUCACGGCGCUCUUGGCCGGCGGUACGCAGGUGGAUUUGGCCGACGGCGACGGGCGGACGGCGCUGCGAGCAGCCGCGUGGGGCGGCCACGAGGACGUGGUUGCCGCGCUGCUGCGGCACGGAGCGGCGGUGAACCGCGCCGACAGCGAGGGGCGCACACCGCUCAUCGCCGCCGCCUACAUGGGCCACUCGGAGAUCGUGGAGAUGCUGCUGGACGCGGGCGCAGACGUCAACCACCAGGACGUGGACGGCAGGACGGCGCUCAGCGUGGCGGCGCUCUGCGUGCCGGCCAGCGAGGGCCACGGCAGCGUCGUCAUGACGCUGCUGGAGCGCGAUGCCGUCGUCGACCACCAGGACCACGACGGCCUCACGCCGCUGCUCGUCGCCGCCUUCGAGGGACACUGCGAGGUGUGCGAGGCGCUGGUGGAGGCGGGCGCGCGCGUCAACGAGGUGGACAACGACGGCAAGCACGCGCUGGUGCUGGCCGCGCAGGAGGGCCAUGCCGCCGUGGUGGCGUCGCUGCUGGACGCGGGCGCCAACAUCCACCACACGAGCCACGACGGGCGGUCGGCGCUGCGCGUGGCGGCGCUCGAGGGCCACAAGGAUGUGGUGCACCUACUGCUGUGCCGGGAGGCGGACCUGCACUACAAGGACGCCGACGGGCGGUCCACGCUGUACCUGCUGGCCUUAGAGAACCGACUGGACAUGGCGCGCUUCCUGAUGGAGAGCAACGCCGACGUGGAGAGCACGGACCUGGAGGGCCGUACGCCCCUGCACGUGACCGCCUGGCAAGGCCACGCCGAAAUGGUCGCUCUCCUCCUGCAGGGGGGAGCGCGCGUGGACGCGGUCGACAAGGAGAACCGGACGCCGUUGCAGAGCGCGGCCUGGCAGGGCCACGCAGAGGUGGUGGCCACACUGUUGAGCGCGGGGGCCGACCCCGACCACGCGGACGCCGACGGCUGGACAGCGCUGCGCUCGGCAGCCUGGGGUGGCCACACAGGCGUGGUCACGGCGCUCUUGGCCGGCGGUACGCAGGUGGAUUUGGCCGACGGCGACGGGCGGACGGCGCUGCGAGCAGCCGCGUGGGGCGGCCACGAGGACGUGGUUGCCGCGCUGCUGCGGCACGGAGCGGCGGUGAACCGCGCCGACAGCGAGGGGCGCACACCGCUCAUCGCCGCCGCCUACAUGGGCCACUCGGAGAUCGUGGAGAUGCUGCUGGACGCGCUGCGCGUGGCGGCGCUCGAGGGCCACAAGGAUGUGGUGCACCUACUGCUGUGCCGGGAGGCGGACCUGCACUACAAGGACGCCGACGGGCGGUCCACGCUGUACCUGCUGGCCUUAGAGAACCGACUGGACAUGGCGCGCUUCCUGAUGGAGAGCAACGCCGACGUGGAGAGCACGGACCUGGAGGGCCGUACGCCCCUGCACGUGACCGCCUGGCAAGGCCACGCCGAAAUGGUCGCUCUCCUCCUGCAGGGGGGAGCGCGCGUGGACGCGGUCGACAAGGAGAACCGGACGCCGUUGCAGAGCGCGGCCUGGCAGGGCCACGCAGAGGUGGUGGCCACACUGUUGAGCGCGGGGGCCGACCCCGACCACGCGGACGCCGACGGCUGGACAGCGCUGCGCUCGGCAGCCUGGGGUGGCCACACAGGCGUGGUCACGGCGCUCUUGGCCGGCGGUACGCAGGUGGAUUUGGCCGACGGCGACGGGCGGACGGCGCUGCGAGCAGCCGCGUGGGGCGGCCACGAGGACGUGGUUGCCGCGCUGCUGCGGCACGGAGCGGCGGUGAACCGCGCCGACAGCGAGGGGCGCACACCGCUCAUCGCCGCCGCCUACAUGGGCCACUCGGAGAUCGUGGAGAUGCUGCUGGACGCGGGCGCCAACAUCCACCACACGAGCCACGACGGGCGGUCGGCGCUGCGCGUGGCGGCGCUCUGCGUGCCGGCCAGCGAGGGCCACGGCAGCGUCGUCAUGACGCUGCUGGAGCGCGAUGCCGUCGUCGACCACCAGGACCACGACGGCCUCACGCCGCUGCACUACGCCGCCUUCGAGGGCCACUGCGAGGUGUGCGAGGCGCUGGUGGAGGCGGGCGCGCGCGUCAACGAGGUGGACAACGACGGCAAGCACGCGCUGGUGCUGGCCGCGCAGGAGGGCCAUGCCGCCGUGGUGGCGUCGCUGCUGGACGCGGGCGCCAACAUCCACCACACGAGCCACGACGGGCGGUCGGCGCUGCGCGUGGCGGCGCUCGAGGGCCACAAGGAUGUGGUGCACCUACUGCUGUGCCGGGAGGCGGACCUGCACUACAAGGACGCCGACGGGCGGUCCACGCUGUACCUGCUGGCCUUAGAGAACCGACUGGACAUGGCGCGCUUCCUGAUGGAGAGCAACGCCGACGUGGAGAGCACGGACCUGGAGGGCCGUACGCCCCUGCACGUGACCGCCUGGCAAGGCCACGCCGAAAUGGUCGCUCUCCUCCUGCAGGGGGGAGCGCGCGUGGACGCGGUCGACAAGGAGAACCGGACGCCGUUGCAGAGCGCGGCCUGGCAGGGCCACGCAGAGGUGGUCCGCUUGCUGCUCGAGCACGGCGCCAACGUGGACCACACCUGCUCGCAAGGCGCUACGGCGCUCAGCAUCGCGGCGCAGGAGGGCCACGAGGCCAGCGUGGCCGUGCUGCUGCAGUAUGGCGCCAACCCUGCGCACUCGGACCGCUGCGGGCGCACGGCCAUCAAGGUGGCACUCAAGGGCGGCCACAUCCACGUGGCGCGCAUGCUGGAAGAGAGCCUGAUCCAACAGCAGCAGGCGGGCGGCGUGGGGCGGGGCUUGGCGGCGCCCUCGUCCGUGGGCUCAGGCUCCACGGCGGAGACCAAGCCCUGCUCGGCGCUGCUGUGCCCGGGCCUGACGGCAUCGCCGGCGGAGUCACCCGAGUCCACCUUCGAGAAGCGGCGCUCCGUGGCGUCCCUCGGCCAGCACUCGUCCUCCAAGUCCUCCGGCAACCUCACCACUUCCACACAUUCCUCGGGCGGCCCGCGCGCCCCCACGCCACGCGAGGCGCACCUGCAGCAGCACCAACAGCCUCUGGCGCCGCCCGCUCCGUCGGCGCCCCCCGCGUCGGCCAUGUCGCCUGUUCUCAGCUUCACGCAGCAGCUGCAGCAGUGCGGUCGAGGGCGCGGGCGGCGCCACCCUCCCCCGCCGCAGCCCGCCCUUACCCCCCUCGACGAACCCGCGUCGCCACUCUACGCCUCUCCGCCGCUGUCGCCGCUGAGCGACGGUCCUGGCGGAGGGCGACACUUGCCGGCGGGCGCCAUCCUGGAGGACGACUACACCGUGCCCCUUCAGCACUCCGCGGUCAGGCCGCCGCGCCCUUCCGCGCCCCCCGUCAGCAUCACGCCAGAGAUCGGCCGUCGAGGCGGCGGCGUGUUGAGUGGCGGCGGCGGCGGAGGCGGCGUCGUGCCCGGGCUGGGCAGCAUCCCCGGCAUGGGCGUGAGCGUGCCGGGCGUUGGCGGUGCAGGCUCGCCCGGCUCCUCCGGGUUCACCUUCACUCAGGACCAGCACAUGCGCAUCAUCCUGGGCACGCGAUCCCCCGAGCCGCGCCCGCGCCGCAAUGGCAUCGUCACCAACCCCAGCCUUAAGGCCGCUCAUGCGAAGGCCGCCCACCUCCUCAGGAACGGCCUCAGUGGUCGCCCUCGACAACCGCCAGCGAGGCCCAACGGCCUGCCGCUCAAGAAGGAAACGCCGCUAUGACCAAAGACGAGGAUGGAAUGCAGUGAUUCCCGGCCACAGCACCAAGGAUUCCCAUGAAGAUGCACCACUGUUUCUACUGACUACUGAUAAAAAAAUAUUGUCCACCUGAAGAGCAGAAAAAUAUCACGGACAAGCAUAGAUGCCUCAGGAGUGACAAGAAAAGGACAGAAGACUAGUGUUCUUACUAUAGACAAGCCUCUUUGCAACAGAUACUUACAAAUAAGGUUGUUUCUGGUGUGGGUCAAAGGAAGCUUCAGAGGACAAGAAAGAUUCAGGAAAAGUGAAUGAAAUUACAAAGCAGGCUUUCUUACCAAGACUUGUAGGACUUGAAAGAAUACUGCUGCCACAUCAGUUCUCUGUUAAUGGUAAUAACUUGUAUCACAAUAGUGGAUAACUAUUUACAGAACAGACAUGACCAUGAUAAGGAUGAGUGCAACAAAGCAGUGAUAUAGUAACAGUGGUGACAUCUUUAGUGUCAUAACGAGAUUCAUAAGCACUUGCAUGAAGUUCAGGUUAAUGAACCAUAGAAAGUGUAUGUGUUUGCAAAACAAGGAAGGGUACCCUCACCCAUGUGACUGGAAAUUUGUAGUUUAUUAUAUAAUUUUUCUUUUUUAACUUGAAAAUUACAAUACAUUAUUUUCUGUUUUAAUAAUGAGUGAAGGUGAAUACUGGUCAUGGAAGAAAGGGAAAGAAAAAAAUGCUGUGGAAGUUGACUGGUAACAUUUGCAAACACAACUUUGGAUCUCUGUGUCACAUUUACCGUCCUGGUGCCAAGAUAGUGACAAUGCUCAGUACAGUGUUUUAUCCGCUUGUCUGAGACCCCACACCAAAGUUUGUGCAAGGUUGGCUUGUAUGUCAGUUUGAAAUCAAGAUAAAUUUCCCCAUCACUGUAAUUAUGUUCGACUGGAUGCAAAUUUCAGAUUCCUCAGUUCUCAAAUCUAAGAAAAAAUAGGACACAGAUGCACAGAUUAGAAAGAUGUGAUUAUGAAUGAAAUGAUGGUAAUUUUUCUUAAUCUUAUUUUAUCCUUUUUUCAUGAUUCACAGAAUGCAUGAAAAGCGGUAAGUCUUAAUCAAGAUCUCAAAGUGGUAUACAAGCACAUCCACGUGUGUAUUGUUGCCUGUUGUAUCCCAACUGUAUAUAGCGGAACCUAUCCUAGUCGUGUAGUUCACUGUGCUGUACUCACAAUGUGCAUUUGUAAAAAGUAUUCUCCAGCACAUGUACAGUUAGCAACAUAACCUUUCAUGAACAUAUUACAGUGUGCGAUGUAAUAAUGUACAGCUCUAUAAUCUAAGAAUUUGGUUAGUGUAAUAAAAUAUUAAAAGGAGAACCAUGUCGCUGUGUGGUAAAAGAUUUUGUUUCAGCCAUUUUAAUUUUCCUUGUACACAUAAGGAAAAAGAAGACUCCUUUUGUUAAGUAAAACAUUUUAUUUCCAUGAUUUUGCUAAAGUUGUUUAGGAAAAAUAAAUGCCAUGGCAAAUUUCAGUAAUAUACAUUAUUUUUUUGUUGUAAGGAUAUAUAUAUAUAUAUAUAUAUAUAUAUAUAUAUAUAUAUAUAUAUAUAUAUAUAUAUAUAUAUAUAUAUAUAUAUAUAUAAACAUACAUACAUACAUACACACCAGUGUGCACAAAUAUUUGGUACAUACUAAUUGCUGUGAAAGUAUUUCUACUGAAUGGAAAAAGAAAAGCAGUAAUGGAAAAAACGACUCACAUUAGGCAGUAGAUUGGUAUUGUGUUAAUCACCUUUUUUCUAUUUUGUGCUAUUUAUGCUAAGAACAAAUUUUGUAUGUGUGGGGAAAAAUAGUUUAUUUAUUCAUUAUUUCACUAUGUAUAACAAACUAGCAAUAUAUUUAUAUGGUUAGUCUGUAGUGAAAAAAAAUGCUCAGAGUAAAAACAGUUAUAUCAAUUUACUUUCUAGUGUCACAAAACAUUCAUGGCAGUUGCUGUCAUGGAAAUGUAAGACUCUAAAAAAGGUGGAUACUUCUGUAGACCAGCUCGCUACAAAACUUUGUAAUACAGCCAAUUUAUUGUGCUAAGAAUUAGAGUUGUAAUAGGUUCAGUUUUCAGGUAUAUUUUAAAAUGAGAAGGAGCAUAUAAUCAUUCUAAGAGCUCAUUUAUUUAUGGUAGCUUCUUAGACUUUCAAAUUGCUUUUUCAGUACCUACAAACUCUGAAAAUAAUGGUUUGUUUAGUUAUGCUACCAUAAGCUUCAUUUGGAAACUAAUUAAAUCAGUGAUAUGGUAAACUAUUUUGACUAGUCACUUCUAACAUUUGACUAUUUGGUCAAACUGAUGAAGAAGGCCUUGUUGAUAUUGUGUGAUGUAAUGGAAGUCCUUUCCAUUGUAGUAAGGCAUUGGAUGGUGUAUUCCCUGCAGUUUGAUUCCUUAUUUGCCUUAUGAUAAGCAUCUGAUAAGCAGACUUUAGUUUAGAUUAUGAAGAAAAAUUUUCCUAAUUUAAUGUUAAUUACACAAUGCAAGUAAGUUUGUGUUCAUAUCUGAAUAUGGAUUUUGUAGUCUGUACGUAUGAGUGUCUUCAUCUGUAGACUUGUUCUACGGAUUUACCCUGUAUUUAUUUUGUACAGUAUUUUGUAAUAUGUAAAGCUUAUUUCCUUACAUGUUACAUGUUGUAGCAGCAGUAGCUUAUCUUCAAAACUUCAGGCCAGCUUUAAUAUCUUUUUGUUGUAUUUUAUUGUAAGGAUUUAUGAUUGUUCACUUUGGACAUAUCAUUUCUGAUGUUCUGCUAUGGUGACAAUGCCAGAACCAUACUGCCAAGACUGCAGUGUGUUCUACUCUCUUGGUACUGUAUUAUUGACGAUACAGUGCAAUAUAAUACAAGCAAGUAAAGAGUAACUUACCCCCUUUUUUUAGCAGGUUUGUCUCAAUAAACAUUGCUGGGGCAUGUGGACUAUAAAAUGCUCAAGCUUUGUAUCUAAACACAUUUUGAGUUGGUGCUUCAGUAAAAGAAAAAAAAAAAAGAUUGUUAUUAAAUUUGUCUUGUAUUAAGUAGGUCAGUUGUAAUGGCCUAUCAAACUGGCAUGAAGUCAGUAUUAUACACACAAAAAAAAACAAAACAAAACAGGAUAAUUUACUUUGCAUCAUGUAUCACUAUGUUUGCAUAACCAAUGUUCCAUUUAUAAUGAAGGAAAGUAUUUUACAAAGAAGUGAGAGAAACAGUUCUGACAAAAUUAUCGUAAGUGAGUGUUCCCACUAAUAACUGUAAGUCAGGAUUACCAACAUAUUUUGUCAGGAAAUAUUCUACUGAUUGAUGCUAACACAAGCUCGUGAAAUUUUCCAUUCUGGAGAAACUUUCUGAUGUAUUGUUAGGCAUUAUUUGAUGUAUUUACAAAAACAGUAAAUAAAUGAUAAUCCUGUUU